AUGGGCGACUCUGGCAAGCGACUCAAAGACACUUCUGCUGGACGUCACUGGGCUGUCACGCCGGCGAGCAUGGAUACUUCUAUUGAAUUAUAUGAAGAAAUAGUGUUCUGUGCAGCAAAGUAUGUCUUAAAACAGCAUCAACAGCCUGAGUUAAUGAGUUAUCAAUUGCAAAUAUUUGUUGAGCUGUUUUGUGAGGGCUAUAUUGACAUGCAAACUGCUAGCAGCAACAGUCUUGUUGACCACGUGAUCAACGUGGAGGCUUGGCUUCAGAACGGGCUGGGAAGGGAAGAAGGACCCUGGAAACCAGUCACAGGUAUUUCACAGAGUUUUACACAGGAGACGAGAGAGAAGAGUCGCGACACAGAAGAACUUCUGGAUAGAAGCUGCUUGACUGCUGGAGCUAGUGUGGAAGUUACAGGUUACGGUGUGGAGGUAACAGGUUACUGUGUGGAGGCUACAGGUUACUGUGUGGAGGUUACAAGUUACUGUGUGGAAGUUACAGGUUACUGUGUGGAAGUUACAGGUUACUGUGUGGAAGUUGAAGGAUACUGUGUGGAAGUUACAGGUUACUGUGUGGAAGUUACAGGUUACUGUGUGGAAGUUACAGGUUACUGUGUGGAAGUUACAGGUUACUGUGUGGAAGUUACAGGAUACUGUGUGGAAGUUACAGGUUACUGUGUGGAAGUUACAGGUUACUGUGUGGAGGUUACAGGAUACAGUGUGGAAGUUACAGGUUACUGUGUGGAGGUUACAGGAUACAGUGUGGAAGCUACAGGUUACUGUGUGGAGGUUACAGGUUACUGUGUGGAGGUUGCAGGAUACAGUGUGGAAGUUGCAGGUUACUGUAUGGAGGUUACAGGAUACAGUGUGGAAGUUACAGGUUACUGUGUGGAGGUUACAGGAUACAGUGUGGAAGUUACAGGUUACUGUGUGGAAGUUACAGGUUACUGUGUGGAGGUUACAGGAUACAGUGUGGAAGUUACAGGUUACUGUGUGGAGGUUACAGGAUACAGUGUGGAAGUUACAGGUUACUGUGUGGAGGUUACAGGAUACAGUGUGGAAGUUACAGGUUACUGUGUGGAGGUUACAGGAUACAGUGUGAAAGUUACAGGUUACAGUGUGGAGGCUACAGGAUACAGUGUGGAAGUUACAGGUUUUCUGUGUGCAGGAUACAGUCUGGAAGUUACAGGUUACUGUGUGGAGGUUACAGGAUACAGUGUGGAAGUUACAGGUUACUGUGUGGAGGUUACAGGAUACAGUGUGGAAGUUACAGGUUACUGUGUGGAGGUUACAGGAUACAGUGUGAAAGUUACAGGUUACAGUGUGGAGGCUACAGGAUACAGUGUGGAAGUUACAGGUUACUGUGUGGAGGUUACAGGAUACAGUGUGGAAGUUACAGGAUACAGUGUGGAAGUUACAGGUUACUGUGUGGAGGUUAUAGGAUGCAGUGUGGAAGUUACAGGUUACUGUGUGGAGGUUACAGGAUACAGUGUGGAAGUUACAGGUUACUGUGUGGAGGUUACAGGAUACAGUGUGGAAGUUACAGGUUACUGUGUGGAGGUUACAGGAUACAGUGUGGAAGUUACAGGUUACUGUGUGGAGGUUACAGGAUACAGUGUGGAAGUUACAAGUUACUGUGUGGAGGUUACAGGAUACAGUGUGAAAGUUACAGGUUACAGUGUGGAGGUUACAGGAUACAGUGUGGAAGUUACAGGUUACUGUGUGGAGGUUACAGGAUGCAGUGUGGAAGGUACAGGCUACUGUGUGGAGGGUACAGGAUACAGUGUGGAAGUUACAGGUUACUGUGUGGAGGUUACAGGAUGCAGUGUGGAAGUUACAGUUUACUGUGUGGAGGUUACAGGAUACAGUGUGGAAGUUACAGGUUACAGUGUGGAGGGUACAGGAUACAGUGUGGAAGUUACAGGUUACAGUGUAGAGGUUACAGGUUACAGUGUGAAGGUUUCAGGUUACAGUGUGGAGGUUACAGGAUACAGUGUGGAAGUUACAGGUUACAGUGAGGAGGUUACAGGUUACAGUGUGGAGGUUACAGGUUACAGUGUGGAGGUUACAGGAUAUAGUGUAGAGGUUACAGGAUAUGGUGUUGAGAUUACAGGAUAUAGUGUAGAGGUUACAGGUUACAGUGUGAAGGUCAUUCCUACAGGUCUUUCCUACUUCUCGCACUUGCUGGACCACUACGUGGUCCUGGAUGCCAAGGAAGACCAGCAAAAUGUAGAUGUAGCGCACACAGACUUUGCAAAAGCCCUCGACAAGUGCGACCAAGCCUCCUUCUUCGGCGCCUCCUACGUGUCGCUGCCCCUGCAGGAAGCUCGCAGCGCCACGGAGAUCUCACUGCGCCUUAAAACGCAUCGUGCAGACGCGCUCCUACUGUUGGCUGCUGGCAACACUGACUACUGCCUGGUUGUACUGGAGGCAGGAGCGCUCAGGGUGCGGAUCAACUUGGGAGCUGGCGAGUCUGAGUUGUCCUCUCCUCCGGGGCUGCGUCUUGAUGAUCUCUUCUGGCACGAGGUCAAGAUCUCCCGCAAUACGGCAGAGAUGAUCCUCACCAUUGACAACAUCCACACUACCAGAAUCACGCUCCCUGGGCGGUUCCACGAGCUUAACAUCCACUACGGUGUCUUCCUAGGAGGAAUGGGUGACUUUAAAGAGGUCUUCCUUGGACUUCUUGACGACUUCCGCGGCUGUAUGGACCAGGUGCUCUACAAUGGGAUUGAGAUCCUGCGGGAGGCCCAGAUGGACCCAAAAUCCUCCAAGGUGUAUGGCGUUGAGUGGGAGUGCUCGAGCGAGUUCGACGCCACCAAAGACGUGGCUAUCAGCUUCAUCAGGCCCGGGGCUUAUGUGGCCUUCCAGGACUCAUACCCCAGGACUGGAGGAUCUAUCAAAAUGGAGAUCAAGACGCAGUCACAACACGCAUUACUUUUCUACAACACCGGACCGCCUUCCAGGUCAGACUUCAUCGCUCUAGAGAUUUACGAGGGCCACCUCAGACUGAUCCUCGACAAAGGCAACGGUGCUACCGGUCUCAAUAGUUCCAUCUACAUCAGUGACGGCGUGUGGCACAAGGUAGAGGCUCACUUCAAGUCUGCCUACAUGGAACUUAACGUUGACGAUCACAUUGAGGACCAGCCAACCCAUGUAGGCGAGAACAAGUUCUUUGACCUCUCUGGUUAUCUCUUCAUAGGGGGAGUAGAGGUAAAUAAACAAGCCAGAGCUGUCAGCCAGGGAGCCAAGAAUGGUGACAAGAGCCUCGAGGGAUGUAUCCAGAACGUAAGUGUAGGGGACAAGAGCUUGAGCAUAAAGGACGCCCAGGUGACCCUGGGCAUCAAGGCAGAGUGCCAGUGGGCAUACCCAUGCCUCAAGAAUCCCUGUGUCGACGGCAGCCGGUGUAUUCAGGAAGGCACUGACGGCUUCAAGUGUGAGUGUGAGCUAGCACUGUGUGUUCGUCAGAACUUCACCACAGCCUACAAGGUCUUCACCAAGACGACGCUGCCUUCUGAUCUUGAGGUUUUAAGCUUAACACCCAUGGAGGUGCAGGAGGGCGGGCAAGUACUCAUCACCUCCAACCACCUCAACCUUGUACUAGACUACCAAAAGUACGGUGUCCGGGAGUCAGGUGUGUUGUUCCACGUGAUCACGCGCCCCUCCAGAGGUCGUCUUGACGUACACAUCUGGCGUCGACCUGAGGAGAACAUCUUCACCUUGCUAGACCUCAACAACGACCGCGUCACUUACGUCCACGAUGGCUCAGAGACAACCGAGGACUCCAUCGUCCUGGAGCUAGAGCUGGUGACUCGCUCCGGCUACAUCCUGCCCUCCUAUCUCCAGUCGCGUCACCGCUUCGUAUUGCCGGUGCGAGUCAUAGCCAGGAACGACGCUCCAGUGCUUCAGCUCUCACCAGGGAAGGUGCUAAGACUGGCUGCCGGCACUACCAAAACCCUCACGCCUGAGAUCAUCACGGUCGUCGACAGCGACAGCUCUCCUAGCAAGCUCAGAAUAACAGUUCUUAACUUGAAGGAUCGUGAAGGUGGUUACAUCGAGAACUCAAAGUCCCCUGGGAACUCUAUCCACGUCUUCACGCAAGAGGAACUUAACCAAGGAGUUAUCUCAUAUACUCACCGUGGAGAAGCCAACACCAAAAUCGCUCUCAAGGUUUCAGACGGCAUCGAAACUGGAGAGCCAACUAUACUAAGAGUGGCGGCAUUUGGCCUACAAGUAUACUUGGUCAACAACACAGGUUUGAGCAUCACUCAUGGCAGCUGGGCCUUCAUCACUCCCAAGAACCUUUCUUGUACCACCAAUGCUCCUGAUCAAGACCUAGAAAUUCACUUUGAUAUCACGAGUUCACCAGUUUUCGGCGUCGUCCAACUAUUGCUAAACAACGGACUUUGGCAAAAUGUAAACCAGUUCAGUAGUUCGCAGCUAGACAAGGACAUGAUCCGUUACAAACAUGUCUCUAAGGAACCCAGUGAAGACGAAUUCAAAUUUAAGAUAACUUCAGGCCAACAUAUGUUUCCAACGGAAUACACUUUUGGAAUAUCUUUUGUGUCAGUUACAAUUGAUGUUAUCAGAAAUGCAGAACUACUUAUAGACAGAAUCCAGGAGAGUUUCAUCUCUGAAGGAUUUCUUCAGAGUGAAACCAAACCAGAUCUUACCCCUGGAAAAGACAUCAUUUAUAAGAUUAUGUCCCCUCCGUUAUAUGGGUCUAUCUUCUUGAGCUCCGGAGACCUGACACAGCAUAAAGAAUUAGCUAAUGGUUCUACGUUCAGCCAGGAAGACAUUGCCAAAGGAAGAAUCAAAUACAAACUUCAUCGUAAGAGCUAUUCAUCACUUAGUGAUUCUUUUCAGUUUCAAGUUUCUAGCAAUGGCCGUUCUAGCGACAUUCGCACCUUUAGCAUACGACACAACCCCCCUCCGGUGGACGCCAAUAUUGUAGUUGAGCAUUUAGAUGUUCAGGAGGGCUCCAGAGAGAAAAUUACCUCUAAAUAUUUGAACAUAGAAGUCCGAGGCAUAAAGCAUAUAGUGUUCAAUGUUACAUCUAGCCCCAAGCAUGGCUCGAUUAACGUAAUAGACGAGUCGAUGAUCCUCCCAGACAGAAUAAACACCUCCACUUUCACAUCCCAAGAGAUUAAGUCUGGGUUAGUAUUUUAUCAACAUGAUGAUUCAGAAACAAAUAAGGAUCGCUUUCAUUUUGUAGCUUUAGCAGAAGAUCCAGAAGUGGAUUUUCAAUAUGUGGGGAUUAUGCACUUUAGAAUCAUCAUGAUCAACGAUAAUCACCCAGUUAGGGUUAUGGAAAAGGUAUUCAAUGUUGUUACUGGAAGUGAAAGAGUUGUUACUUCCAGUGAUCUUUUGUAUAUUGACCCAGAUCUUGAUACUCCGUCAUCACAAAUCCAAUACACCAGACGGAAAAUCCCUAAUGGAGAUAUUUUCCAUGUGGAGGAUAGAUCCGAACCUGUUUAUCUCUUUACACAAGAAGAUAUUGACCGAAGGCUUAUUGUUUUUCGCCACGACGGUCCUCCUUACGGCAAAGCUGUGAUAUCUGUUACAGAUGGAGAUUUGUCUUCUACAGGUAUCCUGGAAAUUGUCGCAUCUGACCCUUUCAUCGAAAUCGUCAAUAAUAGCGGCAUCAUUGUACCACGAGGCCAGGAGGCUGUUAUCUCAAACUACAACCUUAGUGUGGAGACUAACAUGAAUGCCUGGGGAUCGGCCAUCGUAUUCCAUGUCACCACUGCACCUCGACAUGGCCGCUUGACUGUGUCUGGUCAGUUCGUUGCCAAGUUUCAGUUCACAGAGGCCGACCUGCAGAGCGGGACUCUCAAGUAUGUCAACAAAGGAGAAGCCAGUUUUAGGGAUGAGUUCCACUUCCAGGCCAGAAUCAGUGAUACCACCAUAGACGGCAUCUUCGAAGUGAAGGUAAGAAUCCAUCUAAUAGAUUAUUUGCUUCAUCAAUCAGUUGCAGAGAUAAAUCACAAUCUGGAGACAGUAGAUGAAGUGGAAAGCUAUCAAGCCCAACGAACUGUGUUUAUGGCCAAAAUUAACAGUUCCAUGAGAGAAAACUCAGUGGGGGAACUUAUUGCAAACUUUAAUCAAGAGAAUUCUGAAUUUAAGGUUGUCCAAGCAUAUAAAUUCUCUAAACUUGCCAGCAACCAGGUAACAUUCAAGUUAAUGCUUGAGACACCUGAAGCAGCCAAACUCUAUGUGCAUGACGGAUCAGAACACCUACAGGACACGUUCAGUAUUGUGGCAGUGUCUGGGGUGCGCCAGAGUGUUCCAGCGCUGGUCAGUGUGUCUGUACGGGGCAUCAACGACGAAGCACCCUUUGUCAUCAACAACACUGGUCUCACCAUUUGGGAAGGCAACACAUUGUUUAUCUCCUCCUCUAACUUAGCUGUGUUUGACCUAGACACACCUCCAGAGAAUUUGAGCAUCACCGUAACCACCCCAGACACUGGAUACCUGGCGAUUUCAUCAAACAUUACCCACCCUGUGUCAGCGUUCACCCAAGCUCAGGUCAAUGAGGGAAAUGUCUUCUUCAUCCAUACAGGUGAGUGUGCCUGGCUGCAUGCUGCAUCAUUAUCUCUGUACUGACCUCGUACUUGAGGUGCCAUGGUUAGCAGUGUUUCUUGACCUCUUAUUCAUCUAAUAUUUCCUUUCCAAUUGAUUAGCCUAGUCUGAGACCUGGCCACAAGUGUGAUGACCCCAGAAACUUUUUAUAAG